GCUGAACGAGAACACAUGAGAGCUGAAGCUGCAAAGCCGUUCAGUCCGAGUGCCAUGUACAACAACGGUGAGAGCAUGACCACUCCCCAGGAGAGCUGUGCCAAUGGCUGUGGACAGAGAGGCACCGAGGCAGCCCGGCAGAGCAGAGACAGCACCGAGUGCAAGGCCGAGGAGGAGCCCAAGAAAAUGGAAGCAGGUCUGGCAAAAAAGGCCAACCGAGAGAUCCUGGACCACGAGAGAAAAAGACGUGUCGAGCUCAAGUGCAUGGAGCUCCACGAGAUGAUGGAAGAGCAGGGGUAUACCCCAGAAGAGAUUUGCCAGAAAGUCGGGGCCUUUCGGCAAAUGCUGAUGGAGAAGGAAGGUGUGCUGACCAGAGAGGAUUCCCACGGACACAAUGUUCUGAAGAGGAAAUCGAGCAGUUCUGCCUCUCCUCCGCCCAGAAAGAAAAAGAAGAAAAAAUCCGGACACUACAAAAGCCGCAAAAAGAGGAAGCCAGGCUGCGAGAGAAGUUGUGACAGUUCGUCGCCGUCCCGAAAAGAGAGGAGAAAGAAGAGUGGGAAGAAGCACAAGAGAGACAGGUCUGAUUCCGGCUCCAGGAAAAAGCGGAGGCACAGAUCUACUACACCUAAAACCAGACGCAGAGAGAAGAAAAAACAAAGGAAAAGGUCGCGCAGUGAAUCUCCGGCACGCAAGUUCCACCGAGGCCGAAGCUGCGGCCGAUCUCGCAGUCUCUCGGUGUCUUCUGUCGCCAGCACCUACAAGUCUCUCAGCAGCUGCCGCAGCCCGCCUUCAGAGCGCAGGGCCGCCCACGGCAGGAGCAAGCGGCACGGUGCCGUCUCCCGGCAAAACCCCAAGAAGGACGCCAACGGACGCAAGCCCUGCUGCCCCCGCUCCAGCGCCAGUGCCAGCCAGUCGCCCCCGCCAGCCACCCGCGGCAGAUCAGAGACCCUCAGGCAGAACGGAUACAAGGCGCCCGCGUGGAACGGCAGACACGGGAGUCCGAGACACGGACGUCCCCCGGACAAAUCACAGGAUGUAUGUAGUCUCUUUCCUCUUAACUCUGUGUCGCUCUCCUUCUCUCUUAGUUUUGAGUUUGAUGCUAAAUGUUAUUGGCCCUUUGGCUUGAGUGCUGUGGCAGAGUUUUGA